AUGAAGAGUGUUGUUAUCAAAUUAUUUUACAUUUUUAGUUUAUCGUUUUCAAUUGGAUAUUGUAAAUUUCCAGAUAAAAUAAUUGGUGGUAAUACUUCGAGAAUUGAAGAGUAUCCAAGUACUGUGUCUGUUCAAUCAGCAGGUUUACAUAUUUGUGGAGGUUCUAUUAUUGAUGAAACUCAUAUUCUAACAGCUGCACAUUGUAUUUCAGAAGAAAAAAAUACUGUUGACAUUGACAUACACAUAUUAAGUGGUACAAAUGAUCAACAUGAUUUUCGUGAUGGUCAAAUUCACGAAGUUGUAAUUAUUGUUAUACAUCCGGAGUAUGAUAUUGAAACAUUUGAAAAUGAUAUUGCAAUUUGCACAGUGGCAGAACCAAUAAAAAUAUCAAAUUUACAACGUCCAAUUCCGUUGGCUACUGAUGAGCUACCAGUGAAUACCAUUGUGACAAUAACUGGUUGGGGAUUUGAGACUGAUGGGAGUGGUGUUAAUAGUCGUUAUUUAAAAAAACUUGAUAUGUCAAUAAUUGACGGUGAUGAAUGUCGACGAUUUUUUGGUAAUGAAAUUGAUUCAUCAAAACAAAUUUGUACACAACGACAAGAUGAACGAACCCUUUCUAAUGGUGACUCUGGGGGUGGAUUAAUUUAUCGUGAUAAAUUAAUCGGUAUUGUUUCUACUGGACCAUCAAGUGAAUAUAUUGAAUACCCAGUUGUUCACACUUCUGUGCUUGCUUACAAAACUUGGAUUGAAAAAACCAUAGAAAGAUAUUGA